CAAAUCAUUUUCCUUUCAUCUUCUCUCUACCAUCACUGCUUCUCCACCGGCAACCUUAGCUUUCCUGAUCGCCGGCAGGUCCUCCAUUCGCCUUACUUUCAGCCGCAACUGCCAUUCCAAUCCCUGCUUCAGCACUGAACCGUAAUCUCGAAGCGCUGGAUCCGUUGAAGAACAGAGCCAUUGGAUCUUAACAAUGAGGAGAGCUGGCUUUCACAGGCAGCAUGGGAGGCACAGCGGAGGCUCGGGAUUCAAAGGAAUGAUCGUGAAGCUGUCGGUUGCUGCUGUGGUCCUCUUGAUCUGCACGCUCUCCUUGUUCUACUCCUCAACCGGAACUUCGAGUCCCCAAUCCAACUAUCGCUCCGAGAUCCAUUUAGAAGAGCUUUGGAGCAACGCUGAUUCCGGUGGUUGGCGGCCGUCGUCUGCUCCGCGAACUAAUUGGCCCCCUCCUCCGAACGAGAGUAACGGCUAUUUGCGUGUUCGAUGUAACGGUGGGCUAAAUCAGCAGCGCAGUGCGAUAUCCAAUGCUGUUCUUGCUGCACGAAUCAUGAAUGCUACACUAGUGCUACCUGAGUUAGAUGCAAACUCCUUUUGGCAUGACGACAGUGGUUUCCAUGGUAUCUAUGAUGUUGAGCAUUUCAUCAAAACGUUGAGGUAUGACGUAAAGAUUGUUGAAAGCAUUCCAGAAAAUCAGAAAAAUGGCAAAAAGAAGAAAAUAAAGGCAUUUCAGCUUCGUCCUCCUAGAGAUGCUCCUAUAAGUUGGUAUACUACUGAUGCUCUGAAGAAAAUGAAGGACCAUGGUGCCAUUUAUCUUACUCCCUUUUCACAUCGCUUAGCUGAAGAAAUUGACAAUCCAGAGUACCAAAGGUUGAGGUGCAGAGUUAACUAUCAUGCUUUAAGGUUCAAGCCACAUAUUAUGAAGCUAAGUCAAUCAAUAGUUGACAAGCUACGUGCACAAGGUCCCUUCAUGUCUAUACAUCUUCGGUUUGAGAUGGACAUGUUAGCAUUUGCUGGAUGCUUUGAUAUAUUUACACCUGCGGAGCAAAAGAUUUUGAAGAAAUAUCGAGAAGAAAAUUUUGCACCUAAAAGACUUGUCUAUAGUGAAAGAAGGGCCAUUGGGAAAUGCCCGUUGACUCCCGAGGAGGUUGGUCUCAUUUUGCGUGCAUUGGGUUUUGACAAUUCUACCCGGAUAUAUCUUGCAGCUGGUGAAUUGUUUGGUGGGGAACGAUUUAUGAAUCCAUUUCGCAGUUUGUUCCCUCAACUCGAGAAUCAUUCUUCAGUGGAACACUCUGAAGAGCUUGCUGAAAACACUAGGGGAUUGGCAGGUUCUGCUGUGGAUUACAUGGUCUGUCUUCUUUCUGACAUUUUCAUGCCAACGUAUGAUGGCCCAAGCAACUUUGCCAACAAUCUCCUUGGUCAUCGCCUUUAUUAUGGCUUCCGGACUACUAUCAGACCUGACAGAAAAGCUCUUGCUCCCAUCUUCAUUGAUAGGGAGAAUGGGCGGACAGCUGAUUUUGAGGAAGCUAUUAGGAAAGUCAUGCUCAAAACAAACUUUGGAGAACCUCAUAAGCGUGUUUCUCCAGAGUCUUUCUAUACUAAUUCUUGGCCUGAAUGCUUCUGCCAAACAUCUGCGGAGAAUCCUGCAGACAAAUGUCCCCCAAAUGAUAUUUUAAAUAUUAUGAACAACGAAUUACAGAAAGCAGAGACAGAAACAAAUUCUACAAUAUCAUGAGCCGAAGUUGUGACAUUGGGCAAAUGAUUCUUCAGCUCAGAAGUAAUGAAUUGCUGUGGGCCAAAGCGAAAAGGAAUGUAUUCCUAUUACUGGAACUCCAGAUUUGCAGGUGAUCAUUUUUGUCUCAAACUAUUUAACUCUACCGAGGGAAUGAUAUAGUUAGACUUGAGAAUUCAAGGUGCUGAUUUGUAUAUUUGCCUUCUUUAGUUUCGUGUAGACAGUAAGAGGAAGAUCGCACGGAUUGGAUAGAGAGCUGGCUAUGUGACUGUAGUUAUAUAUUUUAGGAAAAAUCAGUUAUAAAUGUAACAGUCCUUCUCUCUGCUAGAGAAAGGCACUUCUAGUUACCUAGGGAAGGAGGAAAACUCUGGCAGAUUUACGUUAGAUAUCUGGAGUGCUGGGAAAAAAUAGAUGUGUUAAAUUUAUGUUGUUUUAUUUAUUUGAUCUUUUUGUUGGGCCGGAAUGAAAAGGACCUUGUUCAAGUUUUUCUGCAAUUCUAUAUUUCCUCUUUGAAAACACGUGAUCUGAUAUCUGAUGACUGAUGUCAAUGUCAUCAAACAUUCUAAUAAAAUGCUUAAAUAGUAAA